AUGGAAGCCGGAGCACAAGCGCGGAUGCAGCAGACACUCUUUUCCAGCAACCCGGGCAAUCCAAGGAGCAUGAACGAUUACUAUUCGCAGGUCAGCGGCGGCAAAGUCAGCUUCUCGGGGGACUUGUACGGCCCAUUCACGCUGGGACACACGAUGGAGUACUACGCCAACAAUGCAACGGGCUUGGGCCCCAAUCCACCAAACGUUCGGAACAUGGCUCUUGAUACCCUGACGACAAUGGUGAAUAAUGUCCCCGAUUGGGCGAAGUACGAUAACGCAGGCGAUGGCUACAUCACCGGCUUGAUCCUGGUUCAUGCGGGCGAGGGAGCCGAAUCGACUGCGAGCCGGACAGACCUCUGGUCAGUCAAGUGGACGCUCCCGAACGACCAGGAUUUUGUCGUCGGCGGCGGAAAGAAAGUCCAUGCCUUUCUUACCGUCCCUCAGGACGCAGCAAUGGGUCUCUGUGCCCAUGAAAUUGGUCACCUCGUCUUCGGAUGGCCCGACUUGUACGAUGGAGACAUUGCCAGCCCAACUCCCGGUCUAGGCAAGUGGUGUCUGAUGGCAUCUGGAUCCUGGAAUGGAAACCCACAAGGCUCGAAACCAUCGCACCCAUCUGCUUGGUGUAAGGUGAAGCAAGGCUGGGUCACCCUUACCACCGAAGCGCAGAACAAGACGAUUCGUCUCGGCCCUGUUGAGACAACAAAGGACGUACGCAGACUUUGGGGGAACGGUAACAUGAUUAGCCAGGAGUACUUCUUGAUCGAAGAUCGAGAGAAGAUUGACUGGGAUCAAGCGCUGCCGGGAAACGGUUUGAUGGUCUUGCAUGUUGAUGAUUCUAUCCUCAACAACGACGACGAGAACCAUCCCAAGGUGGCGCUCAUGGAGGCCGAUGGACUCAACAACCUCAAGAUCCGCGGCGGUCCAUCAAACGAGGGCGAUCCAUUCCCGGGUUCGGCCAACAACCGAACAUUCAACGCGGGCUCGAAUCCAAACAGCAAUACAUACACUGCCUACCCUACGUGGGUCGCAAUUACCAACAUCGAUCCCGCAUUGUCCUGGAUCAACACGGAUAUUUCGGUGGUUGUUCCCAACUGGACCAGUUCCGUCCUCGCCGCCGGCCCCAGUCUGUCGAGAGGCUGCAAUAUUGCAGCAGUAAGCCGUGGGCCACUCAACGUGGAAGCUCGGUGGAUCACGCCGCUCGGCGCCCUCAUGAUGGCUUCUUGGAACGGCAGUCAAUGGCAGUUCAUCGAGAUGACGACAUCCGGUGCGGCCGUGCCCGGCGGAGCCAUCGCAUCGGUCUCGAUGGACAACUCUCAUAUGUCCGUGUUCUGGACGGUCUCCGGAGGUGCAAUCUACAGUUGUUGGUGGAACAAUCCCGGAUGGACGACGUUCCAGCUUGCGCCGAGUGGCUCGAUCGCGGCAGGAUCGAGAAUCGCAGCGACGAGUCGGAUGCCGACGACGAUGGAAAUCUUCUGGGUAGCCCCUGACGGAUCCAUCAAGCAUGCUUGGUGGUAUUCUCCCAGUGUCCCCAGCCAGUGGGCGGUUGGCCAGCUUGCGCCUGCUGGAAGCGCCGCAGUGACGGCUGGGGGGGUCGGAGCCAUCGCAGCACUGGCGCGAAACCCAUCUGUGAUGGAAGUCUGGUGGGUAGCGCCAGAUUUAAGCAUCAAGAAUGCUUGGUUCAGCAACGCUGGUGGCUGGAACACGGGCAGCACCGCGAUAGGCAAGCGUGCGGACAUCAGGACGGAGAUCGCAGCUGUCAGCCGCAACGCCAGCCAUACGGAGAUCAUGUAUAUCUCCUCAGAUGGAUCGGUUCAAGAUGCGUAUUUCUAUGAUGGUAUGCAGAAUGGAUUCAACAGGUACCAACUUGCUGCGGCCGGUUCUGCUCGGCCCGGAGGUGCAAUCUCAGCUGUCUGUCGAAUCUCCAAUUCCAUGGAGGUGUUCUACGAGGGAGCGUCGGGCACCAUCAAUAACCAGUCCUGGUACGUCCCGGCGGAGUAG